GAGCGGCGGAGGGGCGGGGGGCAGGCAGGCAGGCGAGCGGCGGGGCGGGUGGGCGCGCAGCUUCCCCCCAGCCCGGCCGCGGCCCGCGGGGAGACAGCCUUCUCGGAGCCUGGGGCGAGCGGGUAGAGACGGGCGGGGAAGAGAGCGGGCGGCUCCGUGAAGCGGAGCCGCGGCGGGGGAAGGAGAGAGGAGACCCCUCAGCGGCGGGCCUGCGUUGGCCUCCGUGCCCCGACAGCAGCGGAGAAGAGUCGGCGAGAGGAGUCGGGCUGCGCGACGCCCCGCUGCCUCUUCCUCCUCCCUGGCAGUCCGCCCUGCCUUUCCCCCCCACCCCUCCCCCGGAGCCGCUCCCUCGCCUCCUCCCUUUCCCCAGCUCCAUCCCUCCGCGCUUGAUGAGGUGCCCCUCUCCCCGCUGCUGACCUCCGCGGAGCCCGGCCUGGCAGUAGGAUGAGCCCGGAGGGCUCGGAGGGGGCGAGACCGCUCCGCUCCCUGAGGGGGAUCUAGCUCGGGCGUGUGGCGCCGCCGGAGGGUGGGGGGCACCGACGCGACGCCGCCCCCCCGCCAGCCACCUCGUCCUUCAUGGUGGCUCCCUGCGACCACCAUCUCGGAGCAGACGCGCAGCCCCGGCCCGGGGGCCCGUGUGUGUGUGUGUGCGCGCACCGCCGUCGCGGGCAGCGCAGCCGCCCGAGUGAAGUAAAAUGUCCACUCGGACUCCAUUGCCCACGGUGAACGAGCGCGACACCGAGAACCACACGUCCCAUGGAGACGGACGGCAGGAAGUUUCCUCUCGAACUGGGCGCUCUGGAGCUCGCUGCAGGAACUCUAUAGCUUCCUGCGCAGAUGAGCAGCCGCACAUUGGAAACUACAGGCUCCUUAAAACCAUUGGAAAGGGCAAUUUUGCAAAAGUUAAGCUGGCAAGGCACAUCCUAACUGGCAGAGAGGUUGCCAUUAAAAUAAUUGACAAAACACAGUUGAACCCAACUAGUCUCCAAAAGCUCUUUAGAGAAGUAAGAAUAAUGAAGAUCUUAAAUCAUCCAAACAUAGUGAAGCUAUUUGAAGUCAUUGAAACUGAAAAAACUCUCUAUUUAAUAAUGGAAUAUGCAAGUGGGGGAGAGGUGUUUGACUACCUGGUUGCACAUGGAAGAAUGAAGGAAAAGGAGGCUAGAGCUAAAUUUAGACAGAUAGUAUCUGCAGUGCAGUAUUGCCAUCAAAAGCAUAUUGUUCAUAGAGAUCUCAAGGCUGAAAAUCUGUUGCUAGAUGCAGAUAUGAACAUUAAAAUAGCUGACUUCGGUUUUAGCAAUGAGUUUACAGUCGGAAAUAAACUGGACACCUUUUGUGGCAGCCCACCGUAUGCUGCUCCAGAGCUCUUUCAAGGGAAGAAAUAUGAUGGACCUGAAGUAGAUGUUUGGAGUUUAGGUGUUAUUCUUUAUACUCUUGUGAGUGGAUCUCUCCCUUUCGAUGGACAGAACUUAAAGGAACUUCGAGAAAGAGUUCUAAGGGGAAAAUACAGGAUUCCUUUCUACAUGUCCACAGACUGUGAAAACCUCCUCAAACGUUUCCUGGUGCUAAACCCAACAAAAAGAGGCACUCUAGAGCAAAUCAUGAAGGACAGGUGGAUCAAUGCUGGGCAUGAGGAGGAUGAACUUAAACCUUUUGUUGAACCAGAACUAGACAUCUCGGACCAGAAAAGAAUAGAUAUUAUGGUAGGAAUGGGAUAUUCUCAAGAAGAAAUUCAAGAAUCCCUUAGUAAAAUGAAGUAUGAUGAAAUCACAGCUACAUACUUACUGCUAGGAAGGAAAUCAUCAGAGUUGGAUGCAAGUGAUUCAAGCUCCAGCAGCAACCUUUCACUUGCCAAAGUUAGGCCAAGUAGUGAUCUUAACAAUAGCACUGGACAAUCUCCUCAUCACAAAGUUCAGAGAAGCAUAUCUUCCAGCCAGAAACAGCGGCGGUACAGCGAUCACGCUGGACCAUCCAUCCCCUCAGUAGUGGCAUAUCCCAAAAGAAGCCAGACUAGUACUACAGACAGUGACCUCAAAGAGGAAGGAAUUCAGUCAAGAAAAUCCAGCAGUAGUGCUGUUGCAGGAAGAGGAAUUGCACCAGCCAGUCCAAUGCUUGGAAAUGCCAGCAAUCCCAAUAAGGCUGAUAUUCCUGAACGUAAGAAAAGCUCAGCUGUUCCUAGUAAUAAUACUGCCCCUGGAGCGAUGACACGGCGCAACACAUACGUUUGUAGUGAAAGAACCACUGCUGAUAGGCAUUCAGUGAUACAAAAUGGCAAGGAGAACAGCGCUAUUCCCGAUCAAAGGACCCCCGUGGCUUCCACCCACAGCAUCAGCAGCGCCACCACCCCGGACCGCAUCCGCUUCCCGCGCGGCACGGCCAGCCGCAGCACCUUCCACGGGCAGCUGCGGGAGCGCCGCACCGCCACCUACAACGGCCCGCCCGCCUCGCCCAGCCUCUCGCACGAGGCCACGCCGCUCUCCCAGGCUCGCACCAGGGGCUCCACUAAUCUCUUUAGCAAGCUAACUUCCAAGCUAACCAGAAGAAACAUGUCAUUCAGGUUUAUCAAAAGCCGCAACGUCGCCGUGGAUCAAAAGGACGAGAACAAGGAAGCCAAGCCUCGGUCGCUGCGUUUUACCUGGAGCAUGAAAACCACCAGCUCCAUGGAUCCCAAUGACAUGAUGAGGGAAAUCCGGAAGGUCCUGGACGCCAACAAUUGUGACUAUGAACAAAGGGAGCGUUUCCUCCUUUUCUGCGUCCACGGGGACGGGCACGCGGAAAACCUUGUCCAGUGGGAGAUGGAGGUGUGUAAACUGCCAAGACUGUCCCUGAACGGAGUUCGCUUUAAGCGGAUAUCGGGAACAUCCAUAGCUUUUAAAAACAUUGCUUCCAAAAUUGCCAAUGAGUUAAAGCUGUAACGAGAGAAGUAGUUGAAGUUGUAAAUUAGUUAGCAAUUUCAAGUGGUUUUGAGAACUCCGAUGGAAAUGUAUAGAGUAACAUUUAGGCAAUAACUUCUGCAUCCUUCUGAAUAGUGAUAUUAAACAAAGCUGCUGAGCUGGGAGGGAGAGUUGGACUUUUUUAUAAGUGCACUACAGCAUUAAAGUUGCCUACUAUGUAAAAUA